AUACAGUAUGUUGAAGAAAAGAUGACCAAAGUGCUGAUUAUAUACAUAGACCUGUUAAUAUAUAACCAUUGUCACGCGUUAUCAGUGUCAUAUAGCCUAUAUAAUGUUCGUUUGCCUAUAUGUUCGUAGCCUAUAUAAUGUUCGUUCGCUCUGGAUAAAAGUGUUUCCUAAAUUAUUUUCUCUGGGCAAAUAAGUACAUGUUUGAAAUAUUAGGUUACAGUGUAACAGCAAUAUUAAAGUGCGCGUGUGUAUGUUUGUUACAUUGUAGCGCGGCUGGUCGGGAGCGCCCUUGACGUCACCGCCGCUCUGUUGUCGCUUGUGCAGAGCUCGAGCUGUAAGCGCGCGGAAUCGCAACCAGGAUAACAACCAAACAGAAUCCCUGAAAGCGCAGAGUUUUGUGAGAGCUGGUGCUCCGCGCGGUAGUUGGCAUUCAUCCGGACCGUUCCACGUCUGUGUGUUGUGCGUUAAAGCGAAGGAAAGACUCGCAGAAGUAAAACAUGGCAGGGUUGUUGGCCGGGUUUGGCUGCUUUACGCACGCUGUGGUUCGAGCAGUUCCUCGAUCUCUGGCAACUCAAGCGCUCAGAAGCGGCAAUCUGGAGGUGGACCCACUGAAAGCCCAGCAGGAACAUGAGUAUUAUGUGUCGGUUCUGAGGCAGCGGCUCGGUCUGGAGGUGAUAGAGCUGCCCGCGGAUGAGACUCUACCGGACUGUGUGUUUGUGGAGGACGCUGCGGUCGUGUGCGAAAACACCGCGCUCAUCACCAGACCCGGAGCUGAGAGCAGACGCGGGGAGACGGAGGCCAUGAAGAGGGCGUUGACCGAGCUCGAUCUGAAUAUUGUAGAGAUGACCGAUGAAACGGCCACACUGGACGGAGGAGAUGUCUUGUUUACAGGAAGAGAGUUCUUCGUAGGAUUGUCCAAGAGGACCAAUCAGAAAGGAGCAGAGAUUCUGGCCGACACGUUUAAGGACUACGCCGUGUCCACGGUUCCAGUACAACAGGGACUUCAUCUGAAGAGUUUCUGCAGCAUGGCCGGACCGGAUCUCAUCGCCAUCGGCUCCAGUGAAGCUGCCCAGGAAGCCCUAAAGAUCAUGCAGCAGAUGAGUGAUCAUAAAUACGAUAAACUGACGCUUCCUGAUGAUUUGGCUGCAAACUGCAUCUACGUGAAUCUGCCGAAUAAAGGUCACGUCCUGCUACACUGCACACCUGAAGAAUUCCCUGAGAGCGCUAAGGUGUUUGAGAAGCUGAAGGAUCACAUGCUCAUUCCAGUCUCCAAUCAGGAAAAGGGGAAGGUGGACGGAGCUUUGACCUGCUGCUCGGUGCUCAUUAACAAGAAGAGCUAAAUCUGAUGGAUCCCCUCUCUUCUCCUCUUCUCAGUUUUCCUCUCGUUCUCUUUUCUUUCUCUUUCUCUUAUAAGCUUAUUAUGAGGUUGCAUGUAACUGUGCUCUAUGACACUUGGUGUCACUAAUAAAACAUGUACUGAAGACAUUACUGUGAAUAUCAUUUGUGCUCUUUAGUACAUUAUGUAAAAUCGAAUGCAUUGAUUAAUGCCGUUAGACUGAAAUGUGAAAAAAAUGUGACAAUUACACACUUUCUCUUUAAAUCUUUUCUUAAAUGCACAUAAAAAUUAGCUGUAUGAACAAUUUAUUGUACACAGAUUUGUUCUCUCUGUGUCUAAUCUACUGUGCAAAAAUCUGCUUUUGUUGUUUGUAUUUGAGGGUUUUAUGAACAAUUAUUUUUCCUAAUCUUUUGUGUUUAAAAUGCAGGUCAUGUGACAUUUUGAUUGUCCUUGCUUACUAUGAUGCCGUUUAAACUGUGAUGUCCAAUCAGAUACCUCAGGUCAAGACGUGCUUUUUUUCUGUAUGCUUGAAAUACCAGAAUAAAACCUGUUUAGGCCCAAGUACACAUGAAGUGAUGCAUCCCAUAAUGCAAUUUGUCCAAACUUCGAUGCCAAAAGAUGAAGACGAUUUACAGGUCAGGGUCAGGAAACUGGACCUAAAUGAUGUCAACACAUCAGCAAACUUUAAAAAAAAUAAUGUGAAUUAUACAACACGAUGAACAAUGUCCACCAAAUCUUUUUUCCUGAAUGUUUUCAUUAUUGCCUGCCAGAGAGAUCUGGAGUUUUUGGGGAACACACAAUGUCAGCCGGUGAAAACAUUUCCAAAGCACGUUUUAUGAUGUCAUGCUCACAGAGAUAUCUGCGUGUUUAUCAAUCUCCACAUCCAGAAGAAAUUCUUUCCCUGUUUCAUCAUGAAUGUGCUUCAUUCCACCUUGAGUUUUAUAGGUUAUGAUCUUCAUACCAUCUAAAAACUGAUUAUUCAUUUGUUUGUCUCAGUACUCCUCUGAUUUUUUCCAAAAGCAGAAGAUUUUGAGAAGAUCAGUAAUUUAUUUUUCUUUAUUAUUCUUGUCUUAAAAGGGUUUUGAAGAUGUGACUCAGGUCAACAUUCUGUCAUUUAUUCACCCUCGUGCUAUUUCAGUAGAUGUAGAAGAAAAAUUUGACACACUGUAUGUAAUAAAAAAAUUUAUGACUUUAGGAUUUAGUCAAUUGUUAUGCUAUUAAAUCAUUUUGGAGCUUUUUGAAGAAUACACCAUCUCAUUUACUGACAUAAAGAUGAGAGAAUGAUGAUUUAUGGGUGAUUUCUUUAUAUAUAUGUGACAUCAUUUUGUUUAGAUCUCUGUAGUGUUUUCUUUGCUCUGAGAUAUCUGUGGUGGUUUGAAGAAUAAAGACGUCCUCUGUAAUGUU